CUGUUAUCAUUUUAAUUUGCAUUCGUAUUUUUUUAUCAAGUUCAUUACACAAAUGUUCUAUAGAAUUUAGAUCGGGACUUUGUGGUGUUCAAGAAAACAAUGAAAUAUUAUUUUCCUCGACAAAUUUUUUAACCAUUUUCGCGGUAUGUUUCGAAUUGUUAUUGCGUUGAAACGUAUAUAAAUUUGUUCAAAUACAAUUGAUGGAAUUUUUCAAUUGAUGGAAAUAAAUUUUCAUGUAAUAUAUUUAUAUAUUUUGUUGCCGCUAACAUACCUUCAAUAACUAAUUUUUCAUCUCGUUCAUUGUUGAAACAACUUUACAUCAUUAUGUAUUCUCCAUUGUGUUUUACACUUGAGAUGAUAAUGCUUUGUUUAAAAGUUUCCCUUUCUCCGUCCCUCCUCUCAUACAUAUUUCUUUCAUGUUUGAUUUUAAUUCACAUUUGGAUGAUUUGCAAUCAUCACUCCCAAUUAUUGAUUUCCAGAAUGAAAUCAGUUUUUUGUACUGCUCCUUAUCAAUCGUUUGAGCAUUUGAAAUUUUAAUUUUGUCUAUCAUCUUUUCGACACGCUACAAAUUGGGAAUAAUUUGGAGAAUAAUUUCAAAAAUGCAAUAUUGUUUGAAUGUAUGUAAAGCUUUGUUUUGAUAAUUCGUUUCGAUAUACUGAGCGAUUGCUCACAAUGUCAAUAAUGUCAAGACAGAAAAAGCCGAAGACUUUUUUUAUUAUACCAUGACAAUAAAUAGUUAUUAGUAAGUUAGAUAAAGACUGACACGACUAUAUAUAAUCUUAAUAACGUACAUUCAAUCCAGUAAGACAUACGAACAUAAAUCGAACUACUUAUAUAUUGCGUUUAAUUUUUUCGAAUUAUUAUUUUUAAAAAGAUCAUUUUGAAAUACUCAACAUGACUCAACGUGUAGCUGUUGUAACCGGUGCAAAUAAAGGCAUUGGAUUUUCUAUUGUAAAACAACUUUGCAAACAAUUUGAUGGAAUUGUGUAUUUAACAGCUCGUGAUAUUAUUCGAGGAUACAAUGCUAUUAGGAAACUCAAACAACAAGGUUUAAACCCAAAUUUUCAUAAACUUGAUAUUACUGAUGAUGAUAGCAUUUCUACUUUUCAUGAUUAUUUAAAAGAAAUGUAUGAUAGACUGGACAUAUUAAUAAACAAUGCUGGUAUUGCAUUUAAGGAGUCAGCUACAGAACCCUUUUCUAUACAAGCUGAAGAGACAUUGAGAGUAAAUUAUUUUGCUUUAAGAAAAGUGUGCAAGAAGCUUUAUCCAUUAUUGAAACCACAUGCACGUGUAGUACACGUGUCAAGUUCUUCUGGUCGUUUAAAGUCCAUUUCUAAUGAAUCACUAAGAAAAAAAUUUUUAGAUCCAAAUCUUACAGAGGAAGAAUUAGAUAAUAUUUUACAUGGAUUUGUUAAUGCUGCAAAGGAGAACAGACAUUUGGAAGAAGGAUGGCCAAAUUCUGCUUAUAUUAUAAGCAAAAUUGGAGUAUCUGCUCUAGCUGGAAUUCAUCAAAGAAUGUUUGAUUCUGAUCCUAGAGAAGAUCUUGUAGUAAAUUCUGUACAUCCUGGUUUUGUAAACACUGAUAUGACUGGUCACAAAGGUAUUUUGUCACCUGAUCAAGGUGCUGAAGCUCCUGUCUAUGGCGCAUUACUACCAAAAAAUACUGAUAUAAGGGGUAAAUAUGUCUGGUAUGACAAGGCAUUGGUGAUAUGGGCAAAGACAUAAAUGAUAAUAUAAAUUAUCUUAAAUAUAUGGUUUAAAAAGAUAUGCCUUUAUAUAUAGUUAUUAUAUAUAUGUACAUUAAAGUUUUCUAUUUUUUAAUGAAAUUUAUUAAUUUUGUAUGUAAUUAAUGUUUUUUCUUUUUUUCUUUUUUUUAUAUAAAACAUAAUAAAAAAUAAUUUCAAAGAAUUGUUAUGAUUAGAAACUAUUUUUUUAAUGUUAUAUGUUAAUUCAAUUUACACAUUUGAAGAUAUAUAAAUUUAUAAUUUACAUGUUCAUUGUAUACAUUGUUGAUUUCAAUAGUAAAAAAUAAAUCAUAUUAGAUAUUUUUACAUCUAAUAUCAAUAUAAAUUAUCUCGCUUGAACUGCUGCUUCCUUGCGGGCAGCGUCUUGUAAUAGCUGAGUAUCCACUUCAUCUCCUGGCAAUUGUACAUAACGCACUACUGAUCCUCGAAUAAAACAAUUUUUUACAGACAA